CCGUCACUUCAGUUUGUCUAUUUUUUUAAACAGCGCAUGUGUCCGUUCCUUUCGUAACCCACUCGGGACUUUUUUUCUCUUUCGUGAAGUCAUCUACCAAAAGGUGGUCAACACUUAGGACGUCACAAAAGAUGAUCCAAUUUCGGCCCCGCUUUGAAUCAUUUUGGUGCAUUAUGAAGCUUCGCGGCUUACCUAGCUUAGCCUAGCCUAGCUUAGCCGUUAACAAAGUAAACAAACAAGGUGUUUUUGGAUCAACACGUCGCCGAGCAAGCAACGUGCCAAAAUGUCAGAUGUCAGCGAAGCGUAUCAUCCUGAAUGGCAAGAAGUCAAACAGGAGGAGGGGGAAGAGUUCUUGCAUAUCAAAAAGGAGGAGCAGGAAGAGGCCAUCACCCGGUCAACUGGUGUCCCCUUAAAGAGCGAAGAUGUCAGCCAAGUGCACUGUCCUGAGCAGCAGCAACCCCCUCUCAUCAAAGAGGAACAUGAGGAGGAUCUCAUCAAUGUUGGGAGCUCUCACAUCGAUGCACAGAAGCAACCUUCUUUCCUCAAAAAGGAGAAAGAAGAGCUUUCGUACAUUACAAAGAAGAAAGACAUCAACGAGUCGAGCGGUGAGCCCUUGAAGAGAGAAUAUGAAGCUCUUAGUGAGGCUAGCAGACGUGCGGAGCCUCCCAGCGGCAUCUCAACCGAAGGCUCGCAUGCCAACGGCCUCAGAGCGCCAUUGUCAGAUUGCGACAACGCCGAAUCCCAUCUGUUUUACACUGAUGAUGAUGAUGAUGAACAGUUUGUAGGUCAUGAGACAGAUCACAGUGGCAUCAAACGCUGGAGAUGCUCCCAGUGUGGGAAAACCUAUGGUAGCAAAUCUGGUUUGAAAAGGCAUCUGAGGAGCCACACUGGUGAGAAACCUUUUGCCUGCACGGUUUGUGAUAAACAUUUCUCUCAGAGCGGAGGCUUAAUACGUCACAUGAGAACACACACUGGUGAGAAACCUUACCCUUGCUCAGUUUGUGGUCAAAGGUUCACUCAGAAGGGAAGCUUAAAAAGUCACGGGAGAACACACACUGGAGAGAAACCUUUUUCCUGUUCGGUUUGCGGCGAAAGAUUCACUCAUCAACACACCUUGAAGAGUCAUUCGAGAACACACACUGACAACAGCCAAGCGCAUCAUCCUGAGUGGCACGAGUCCCCUCUCAUCAAAAUGGAGGGAGAGGAGUCGCCAUAUGUCACAAAGGAGGAGGAGGUGAUGGUACACAUGAAAGAGGAAGAACGUUUCAUCAAAGUUUGGAAGUCUGACACCGAGGAGCAUCUGCAAAUCUUAUGCAUCAAAAAGGAAGAAGAGGAUAUCACUGAGUCCAUUGGUGAGCCCGUGAGUGAAGAUGAAGGUCCGAGUGAGUGCAGUGGAGGGCCGGAGCCUCCCAGCGGUAGCUUGACUGAAGGAUCGUACGCAGAUGGCCUCAUAGCACCGCUGUCAGAUAGCGACGACGCUACACCACACUUGCCUUCCACAGAUGAUGAUGGAGGUAAUAAGAUGGGUCAGAGUGAAAACAAACGCUGGAAAUGCUGUCAGUGUGGGAAAGAUUUUGUCCAAAAGGGUCAUUUGAAAAGGCAUCUGCAGCUCCACACUGGUGAGAAACCAUACUCCUGCCCAGUGUGUGGGAAAAGUUUCACUCAAAAGGGAGAUGUGACGAAACACAUGAGAGUACACAAUGGAAAAAAACCUUUCUCCUGCUCAGAAUGUGGCCAAGGAUUCACUCAGAGAGGAAAUUUAAACACUCACACAAGAAUCCACACUGGUGAGAAACCUUUCUCCUGUAUCGUUUGUGGCCAGAAGUUCUCUGUAAAGCAGAAUUUGAGGAUGCACCUGAGAAUCCACACUGGCGACAAACCUUUCUCCUGCUCAGUUUGCGGUCAAACGUUCACUCAGAAGGCACAGUUAAUGAGUCACAUGAAAAGCCACACUGGUGAGAAACCUUUCAUCUGUUCAGAUUGUGGCCAAAGAUUCACUCAGAAGGUGGGCUUAGAUGGUCACAUGAGAACCCACACUGGUGAGAGACCUUUCUCCUGCUCAGUUUGUAGUCAAAGCUUCGUUUGGAAGUAUCAGGUCAAGAGACACGUGUGUCUUGGUAUGGAAAGCACUGAACACUGAAGAUUUUGGAAAGGGAUCCUAUUUUUUUUUUUUUAAUAUAUUGUCUGACAGUUUUUCUCAGGAAUUUUGGUACAGUUCUCAAAUCAUCUCAAUUUGCAUAACAAUUUGUGCAUUUCUCAAAACAAUUAGUAUAUGUAGCAAAACACCAUGGAUUACCUGCAAAAUCCAGUUCUUGGCUCAAAAUCCUUAAUCCAUCUCUCAAAAUUAAAUUUCUGUGUCAGUGAACAUGUCGGGGCUAUCAGAAUGAUAGUCCUUGUGUCAUUGGUUCGAACAAGGCAGUCAAAUUGCUUAGUCUUGUUGUCAAUAUAACUGUAGAGAGAUGCUCUGAUGCAAAAGAUGGCUCAAGUUUUGAUGACAAUUAUUGCCAAUUACAAGGUACGCCUUACUGUGUGUGGGGUCGUAGAUUGAUUGCAACAGAAUGGACAAGAUUUAUUUAUCAUUUUUACUGUUUAUAGCAUCUGUUGACAGAUCACGUUUUUGAGAUACAGAAAUGAAAAUGACAGCACUAUGCAACACGAAGAAACAAUAAAAAAAUAGAAUUGUGAUUGGAAUUGUUCUCCUUACAUUUGGCUGCACUCUUCUACCAGCUUGAGCCAUUAUAAGGCCAUGAUUUAAAAUAUGGUCUACAAGUGUUGCUCUUAUCUCAUCAGGAAUAUGCAUACUGUAUGUCAUCUUCCUCCUCUGCCGCACCUCCUAAGUCCUCCGCCUUGUACCUUAUUUUCUCUUUGGCUGUUGACACUGUCCAAAUUUUUGUCCUUCCAUUGUCAAACAUUGUAAGGUUGUGUUGUGCCAUACACUUCAGGACAGACUUUGAAAAUAGUAAUGAAAAUUUCAAGAACAAUGCUUGAGAUAUUAUGACAACAUGUUCAGCCAUUUUGCAUAUAAAGACUUAUGCAGUGAACUAAAGCCUAAAUGUCGUGGGUGAGACUGUUCAGUAAAGACCCGUGAUAAUACAUUUUGAGCAAUUUGACAUAAGCGACAGACAGGCGCUGCCAGGGAUUUUGGGCCCCAUGAAAAGAUAUCACUUUGGGCCCCACCACCAGUGCCGGGACACACACACAUUUAGAGUAUCAACUAUGUAAUUUCCUGCAUUCUGGUGAAUCUUUACACACUAAUUUGUGCAUUUUAUUCAUUAAAUGAAGAUGAAAAUAUGUAUGUAAACAUACAACGUAUAGAGCAAUAAUGAAUAGACUGAUUUCAUCUAUAAGAAAUGUAUUGAAGGCCAUCUUUUACAAUCUAAAUAUAUUUUUAUUAGAAAUAUUCUCAAAGCAAAUACCAAAAUGAAUGACUUAGAAUGAAUGUUUUGUUUUAACUAUACUACAGUAUACAUUAACCACAAUUAAAAUAACAUCAUCUUUAGAAAGAUAUAACAAACAAAGCGAGCAGCAGAUUUUUUGACCUUGUAUACAAACUGUACCAAGUGUAUUGAUCUAAUGUAGCCAUACAUUUAACAGCUGUCACUGCAUGAUCCAUGGUCCCGUGCUUAGCCUUACUUACCAAGAGCCCAGCGCCGAGCUUUCUUGCUUGGAAAGUCACUGAUCAAAUCGUUAAAGUCUAGCUUCCCUAGCCAACUGACUUUCACUGGACAACAUGGCAAGACUAGAAUGCCUGUCCUGACACAAAGUGGACCUCAAACAGUUCUUUAUGAGUUUUAGCUUACUGAAAGCUCUCUCGCCACCUGCAACCGUUAGAGGGAGUGUGCAAAAUAUACGUUAAGUCGAUGCACACUUCUCCAAAAAAAACUUUGCAACUGCAUCUUACAAACUGCAUUCAGGAGACCAAAAGAGGACAAUUGUUUUAGUAUGAAGAGCUUGCUAAGGGUUUGCCUGCUGUACUGAUUAAAUGUAAGCUAAAAGUGGAGCAAAACACUAGCUAGCAAACAAUUACAGUAUUUCAUUAUGGAGUAGGCUUGGCCCCAUCUGGAAACUCGCGAUCUCCAUUAUAGGCUACAGCUCCGAAGCGAGGUCCAUUGUUAACAAACUAAAUUCAAUUGAUGACAAACUAAAUUCAAUGAAUUUUUGACAAACUGGAUUCAAGCCGAUUUUAAAAAAAGAAAAUUUCCACACCAACUUUCAACAUCUGGAGGAUACCAAAAAAGCCGUCAUUAUUUGGAAUUCAUGUUUUUGAAUAGGUGAAUGUUUCUCAUUGAGGCCAGGAAAAUCCCGUAUUUCUUACGGAGUGAGCUGGGACUUUGCUUCGGAGCUUUGUAAUAGACAUCGCUAGGUGCCAGAUGGGGCUGGAGUGGGCUAAGAUAACAGGUUAAUUUUCUGGACUACACUGACACAAGACACCAACCUUCCUUUGUGAAGUACUUUGUUACAUCCUGUUGGACUUUUCUACCCCCUCCUGUUUUGCUUUCUUUUCUUUCCUCUUUUGAUAACACAAUUUUUGUUUUGAAAACAUUUCUGAAGUACCGCACACUCCGAGUCAUUGACUGGUGUAAAUGUGGACCGCUGCUCCCAGUCUGAUCGAAGGAAGGGCGAACCAAACCAUUUAAUGAAAAUACAGGGGUUUUGGCUGGCAAUACAUACAGUGCCCUCUAUAAUUAUUGGCGCCCCUGGUUAAGAUGUGUUUUUUAGCUUAUAAUAUAUUUUUAUUAUUAUUCAAAUAAUAUGGGACCUUAAUGGAAAAAAAGAGAAAAAUCCAACCUUCAAUACAAGUGCAUUUAUUCAGUGGGGAAAAAUCCCACAUAAAGAAAUAAUUUUUUGACAUCAAAUAAUGUGUGUCACAAUUAUUAGCACCCCUGGUGUUAAUACUUUAUACAACCCCCUUUUGCCAACAAAACAAGGUCUGGGGACUGAGAUGGCCAAGAGAGGAGCUUGAUUUUGUGUCCGGUGAACCAGUUCUGUGUAGAUUUGGCCAUAUGUUUAGGGUCAUUGUCUUGCUGAAAGACCCAGUAACGACACAGCUUCAGCUUUCGGGCAGAGGGCAACAGAUUUUGAUUUAAAAUGUCCUGGUAUUUCAAAGCAUUCAUGAUGCCAUGCACCCUAACAAGGUUCCCAGGGCCUUUGGAAGCGAAACAGCCCCACAGCAUCACUGACCAACCCCCAUACUUCACAGUGGGUAUGAGGUGCUUUUCAGCAUGCGCAUCUUUCGUGGCACACCAGACCCACUUAGAGUGUUUGAUUCCAAAAAGCUCAAUCUUGGUCUCAUCUGACCAAAGCACACGGUCCCAGUUGAAGCCUGGAACCGUAUGCACUUGUAUUGAAGGGUGGAUUUUUCUCUUUUUUUUCCAUUAAGGUCCCAUAUUAUUUGAAUAAAAAAAAAUAUUAGAAGCUAAAAAACA